AUGGGCGCUUUGCUGGAUGAAAGCGAACUGCCAACACAAUUUUCUCUAACCGUUUUCCACAUCUACGAAUAUGUGGCCUUUUUUGUUACUGUUUGGAUAGUCGCUCUCACUGUGGUAAUUAUUGUAGGCAAGCUUUUCUUCUUUGCUUCGUAUUGAUCUUUACUUUAGGAAGGGUCAAAGAAAUCAGUAUUUACCGAUGGUACCUUCUCCACGGGUUGUUUUGGCAAGUUUAAACAAAUUCCAUCAUCGUCAACUUAUAGGUCGAUCCUGUUUGAUGCGAUGUGCACAUUCAUUGGAGCUGUCACCCUCUUUCCAAUCCCUUGUUAUUACGGUAUAAAUGCUGCUGGCGCCAUCAGUGGAAACAGCCAAACAGUUUACUUUUUUAUUGGAGUUGGAGCCGAGAUUGGGAAGGUCUGUGCGAUCGUGCUACAACUGGAAUACCGAUACCAGCAAGCUCAGCUGGCACAUUCCAAAUACCGCUAUAUUUGUAGUUUGCUGCAGGGGUGGCCUGAAUUAAUCCUGAAAGCCGCUCUCGUGGUAUUUUUCCUUGCUGUGAUCCUGGUAAGUUGCGAGUUUAGAUUAGUAUAGAAAGAGUUUCAAGUGCGACGGCGUAAGCACUAGAUCUUUGAAAAGGUGUCAAUCCCUGAUUACAAAAAAGAGCCGCUCAUAUUUGCAGAUUCCUUUCCUGAUUGCUCUGCCAAACCGGCAGGAGCAAUUGGCUCUUCUGGCUUCGUUAGAUCCAGUUCUAGGCAAGAUAAUCGAAGAACAUCCAAGCAUUCAGUGUUUUGCCUCAGGCACUGACUCCAAAAUUGUCUUGGCCAUUCCCUUCUGCAUUGUAAUGUGUCUUCCUUUCGUUGGAGCUGCUGCUUUGUCUCUAAUCUACUCUUCGAUCAGACAGCAUCAAAUGUCGGCAAAGACACACAAGAUGCAGAUGAUGUUGUUCUGGUCUCUCUUCGCGCAAAUGACCGCUCUCUUCUUCCUGAUCAUUGUUCCUCUCCUCGUUUAUCUCGGUGGCCCAAUAUUUGGAAUGCGCAAUAUCCCCGCUUUCAGCGUGUACGUAUUUUAUCCGUAUUUGAUACAUACAGUCGUCGAUUGUUUUCUGAUUUUGUAUUUCAUCCGCCCUUAUCGAAGGACCUUCAUUUUAUAUUUACGGGUCUUAAAAGCUCGAAGCAUAUUUUCUGAGAAAUCGAGUAGUAUUGUUGUGGUGGUGAAGUAAUGUCUAAAUACUUCUCGUUACGGCAAAAUUGUUGUGUCUUCAGAUUUUUCCGAAUAAAAACGAAUACAUUCGAUCGAAAAUGACGGAGAUUCGGCAAGUGGCCGACGCGUUGAGCUGACGACUUAACGACCCUACUUUCUAAUGUUUUAUUCAAAUUCCGCAACAUAAGAAAAAGACAGCUGCCUGAAAUGACGUGUCCUGCACGUUGGCAGUGACUAUAAUAUUAAAGCAUGAUACUAUUCAAAACCCCCGUCUAACGGAUAUGGGUCACAUCUGAUUGUGAGGAAGGUGAGUUGCUCUGUAAAAUGUUUUCUUUACUAUGUGUGGUAUCUAAUAUCUUGCACCUUGUGUCGUUAGUAAUUACUGCCAAUAUCUGUAAAUCAAGGAGGAGUGUUACACAAUUUCUUUUGUGGUCCUUGCAGACAUAACAAAAAGUUAAAAAUAUGGCUGCUCCACGGCCCUUUAAAUAAAUGAUCGUCUUUGUCGCUGAAACAUCAUUCAGGAAUGUCACAGGUAUAAAACAGGCGGCAAGUCAAGCGGAAUUUCCAAAUUAUAUUACAAAACCGCAGUACGUUCCACCUGCAGUGCGCGUAUUUCACUUUUCGCUGUACUUCUCUUCAAAAAAUGGGUGCCUUGAUGGCGGAAAGUGAAAUUCCGUCUGAUUCAACUUUGCAAUUCUUACGAAUCUACGAAUUUGUGGGAUUCGGCAUUACAUUGCUGAUAUUAGUCCUCACAGUGACCGUAAUCCUCCGUAAGCUUUGAUCUCCGCUUCAAAAAAAUCUUUUCUUAUUCAGGCACAGCAAAAGACAUCAGUAAAUACCGAUGGUAUCUCAUUCAUGGACUGGUCUGGUAAGUUUAAAAUUUGAAGAAGUGUGAUAGAUUUAUUUGCAGGUCUCUGCUCUUGGAUGGGUUUUGCACGUUCAUUGGCUCCGUUACCCUCUUCCCCAUUCCCUGUUACUACGGCACCAGCGUAUUUGGAAGUGUCAGCGGAUGCGCUCAGAAAAUCUACUUCUUCUGUGGCGUCGGCGCGGAAAUUGGGAAGGUGACAGCGAUCGUAUUCCAGAUGGAAUACCGGUAUUACCAAGCUCAGUCGUCCACUUCGAAGUAUCGACUUCUGUGUGGUCAUUUGCAAGGAAGGGCUGAAGUGGGCGUCAGAUUAUUAGUUUUAGUCACUUUUCUGAUUGCUAUUUUGGUAUGUGGAAGUAGUGAAUUUUUACGGGUUUUUACUAAAAGUCACUGUUAUCUUCCAGGGACCCUUUGCGAUCUUCUAUCCUGACCAGCAAGACCAGCUUGCUCUCCUUGCCUCUCUGGACCCCCUUCUUGCCAGAUUAAUCGAGCAGAAUCCCAGCUUACAAUGCUUUUCCUCAGGUGUAGACGCCACUAAAGUCGUCAUCGUUCCAGUUACUAUUUUAUUUAUUCUCCCUUUCGUCGGCGCUGCCGCCUUGUUUGUAAUCUAUGUCUCCAUAGAACGGCAGCAUUUCACAGCGAAGACAAAGAGGCUUCAGAUGAUGUUAUUCUGGUCCCUUUUCUCUCAAAUGACCACUCUAUUCCUUCUGAUGAUCGUGCCUCUCUUUAUAUGCCUGUGUCCUCCCAUAUUCGGAUGGAGGAAUGCUCCAAAAAUAAGUAUCUACGUGUUCUUCCCUAUCUUAUUACAUACUCCAAUUGAUUGCAUAAUGCUUUUGUAUUUCAUUCGACCUUACCGGAGAUUUGUUAUCCGUCACUUUCAGAGGUUUAAGACAAAGAAUCUUUCUAGCAUCACACCUAGUGCAUCGGUUCAAUUGGUUACUCAGAGAGGGUCCAUAUCAUCGUUUUCGCCAUGAAGAAAUCUCGUGACAAGCAGACGAACUAUUUCUGAAUAAUACAGUUGUUUGUUACUGUCUUCGAAAAGAGUAAAUUUUGGUUGUAAAAAACAAUCCGUCAGAUAAUAAUCCUAUUGUACUAAGACUCCAAAUACGGGUAUUAAAAAUUACGGUAAGAGAAACAGUAUUCGCUCAAAGAGUCUCUUUAUGUAGUCAGAUCUCCGGCAGGUCGGUUCAACGGGUCUCUCAGAAAACGUCCAAGACAUCACUAUGAUGCGUUAUACUAUGAUAUAAUAAAAAGAUAAAAGAUUGCCAAAUGACUUCAAGAAUUUUAUAUUGCUAAAUAUAGUUUCUCGAAUAAUUUAAACAUAUCAAACCAAAGAAGCCAUUAUGACUAGCGCAGCACGUUUAUGUACGCAAAAAGUGUAGCGAUUUUUUUGAAAUUUUUUGUAAUAACAAGAACGACUAUUUUUAAGAACAAGUCUUGAGAAAUCUAAUGUUCUAAAGAUCUGUAGCUACGAAUUUGUUAUGUACUUUAACUUGAACAUCCGUCCUCUAACGUUGAAUGCAUGCCCUUUGGGAUUUUUUUGAUGUUAUAAAUAUGUUUGUGCUAUUGUACAAAUUGUGCCUUAAAUUCUCCCUGGUCCCGUUUGUAUAGCAUUCUCUCCAUGGGGGCUCUGCUUGAUGAGAGUGAGUUGCCCUCGGAACCUUUGUUAAAAGUCUAUCGUAUUUAUGACUAUGUUACCGUAAUUAUUACUUGGACACUUGUUGCCUUUACAAUAAUUGCGAUUCUCAGUACGUUUUAGAAAGCUUAUAUUACACGGUCGUAAAAUUAUUUAUGAUUGGCAAAAUGCGAAUGUUAUUUUAGGCACAAAUACAGGUAUUGGAAAGUAUCGUUGGUAUCUUCUUAAUGGACUCUGUUGGUACGUUACCUCUACUCCAAUAUAGCGCUUAAGGUCAUUAUUCUGCGACACGAUGUGCACAGUCAUCGGCCCCGUCACCCUCUUUCCAAUCCCUUGUUUCUUUGGGGUCAACGCUGGCAGCACAAUACAGGACCCUCCACUAAUGGCAUAUUUCUUCGUUGGCAUCUUCAGCCUGAUCGGUAAGAUGUCGUCAAUGGUCUUUCAAAUCGAGCACCGAUAUAUGCAAGCUCAACCAGCCUCAUCGAAGUACCGAGUCUUUUGUUCGUUGUCGGCGAAAACAGAAAUCUUGAUAAGAGCCGGCUACAUACUCUUGAUUUCCCUGUUGGUCUUGGUAAGGCAAAACAUUCAGUUGAAACUGUUAUAGGGACCAUUCGCCUUGUUCCUUCCAAACCAAGAGGAAGAACAGUCUUUUCUUGCAAGAAGUGAUCCAGUUUUGGCCGAAGUUAUCCGAACACGGCCGAUAAAAUGCUUCUCCCCGGGCGUGGAUCCCACGUUUAUCUUCAUUUGCCCAUCUUUGUUGAUUUUCUUUACAAUGUGCUUUGGAUGGGGGGCAUUGCUGUUAAUUUACAACUCAAUCCAUCGGUCUCAAUUGACAGCCAAGACCCGUCGCCUUCAGAUGAUGCUGUUCUGGUCGAUCUUUGCCCAAAAUAUAAAUCUCAGCGCUUUAUUGUAUUUGCCAACCUUGCUGUUCCUGUGUGGCCAUAUUUUCGGGCUGAGAAACAUGCCCACGAUCAAUGUUUUUUGCUUUUUCGUCUUGUUCGUACACACUUCUGUCGACUGUUGUAUGAUCUUGUAUUUUAUCGGGCCUUACCGUCGGUUUGUCCUGAAAGUUUUCUGUGGCGUCUUACAAAAGGAAAGGUAUGGCAGCAGUGUGCUGGUUACAAGUAGGAUCUGGCAAAGCGAGCCGUCUAGAGUCAAGGUAGUUCUCUGA